GGCGCGCACACACACACACACACACACACACUUCCUGAUUCGGCUUCACUGCGCUCACUAGCUUGAGAGUUAUAAUGAGUUACCCCGGAUAUCCUGGUUACCCACCUCAGGGUGGUGGCUACCCACCCCAACAGCAGGGUGGGUAUCCUGGGUACCCUCCUCAGGCUGGGGGUUACCCAGCAGGUGGUGGAUUCCCUCCACAACAGCCAGGUGGGUAUCCAGGGUACACCCCUCAGGGAGGUGGUUACCCCGGGUACCCCGGAUUUCCCCAAGACCAGUCCGGAGGCUACCCUGGCAUGCCCCAAGGCGGAUGGGGAGGUCAGCCUGGGUUUGGAGCUCCGGGAGGUGGAAUGCCACAGGGGUAUCCUGGAGGUCCGGCGCCAGGGCAACAACCCAUGCCAAAUUUCCCUGGAGUCCCCCCCGGACCAAACCCCUCGUAUCCUGGAUUUGGAGGACCUGGAGCUCCCACUGGACCUGCAGCUCCCACUGGACCUGUAGCACCAGGAGCACCUGUAGCACCUGCUAUUAACCGUGGCUUCCGUGGCACCAUAAAGGACGCCCCCGGUGCUGACCCUCUCCGAGAUGUCGAGGUUCUCCGCAAAGCCAUGAAGGGCUUCGGCACUGAUGAGAACGCCAUCAUCGAGCUACUAGGAAAUCGCUCCAAUAAGCAGCGAGUGCCAAUGGUCAAGGCUUACAAGACCACUUAUGGCAAGGAUCUGAUCCAUGAUAUAAAGUCGGAGAUCUCAGGGAACUUCGAGGAUCUGGUGCUGGCCAUGUUGAAGAGCCCAUGCGAGUAUGAUGCCUACGAGCUUCACAAAGCCAUAUCGGGCGCAGGGACUGAUGAACCAUGUCUUAUUGAGAUUCUGUCAUCUCGCAAUAAUUUUGAGAUUCAGGAGAUCAACCGUAUUUAUAAAGCUGAAUACGGUAAAACUCUGGAGGACGCCAUCAUCCAUGACACCUCGGGUCACUUCCGCAGGCUGCUGGUUUCCCUCAGCCAGGGAAACCGUGAUGAGAGGGAGAACGUGGAUGUUUCUGUGGCCAAGCAGGAUGCUCAGGCACUCUACAAUGCAGGAGAGAAGAAACUCGGGACGGAUGAGUCUCAGUUCAAUGCCAUCCUGUGUGCACGCAGUAAACCACACCUGCGACAGGUGUUUCAUGAGUACCAGCAGAUGUGUGGGAAGGACAUUGAGAAGAGUAUCUGUGGUGAGAUGCACGGAGACCUGGAGAAUGGCAUGCUGGCAGUGGUGAAGUGUAUCAAGAACACUCCAGGCUUCUUUGCUGAGAGACUCCACAAGGCUAUGAAGGGGGCGGGGACUAAGGAUCGAACCCUGAUCCGUGUCAUGGUGAGUCGCUCUGAGGUCGACAUGCUGGACAUCAGACAGGAAUAUCUGCGUAACUACGGCAAAUCCCUUUACAACGACAUCUCAGGUGACACAUCUGGUGAUUACAAGAAGCUGCUGUUGAAGCUGUGUGGAGGAAGUGAUUGAGACAGCACACAUCACCACACACAGACACACACAGCAUCACCACACUAACACACACACACACACUCUCACACACUAACACACACACAUACCCUCACACAUAUCCACACACACAUAUCUACACACUGACACACAGCAACACACACAGAUGCUCCUCCUCCAGUCUGGUGUGUAAAGAAAGUGCAUUAGUGUGUGUGUGUGUGUGUGUGUGUGUGUGUGUGUGUGUGUGUGUAUAAACACACACUGCAUUUAUAUCCACUUGUAUCCUGCAUAGUGAAUUGUGUUAUAUGCUUUUAUAUGCUUUAAUAAUCCUAUAUAAACUAUGUAUAAUUUUAUUUGUGUGUGUGUGUGUGUGUGUGUGUGUGUGUGUGUGUGUGUGUGUGUGUAUAACUAACAAUCACAAUAAAGUCUGUUGAAACAUCA